CCCCCCCCCCCCACCUCACCGUGCCGGGGGAGAGCUUGCCCCCACCGCCCUCCCGGGAGGGGCCCGCAGCGGCCCCGCCGCCCCCUGACCCUGAGGGACGCUCUGCCGCUGCCAGGGCCCGCUUCGAGGUUUUGUAGUGCUUCCCGAGCAUGAAUUCAGAAUGAAGCGGCGAUUGGAUGAGCAGGAGUCACCUGUGUAUGCGUCGCAGCAGAGACGUAUCACCAGCAGCACUGAAGCUUUUCAACACCAGCACCGUGUGCUUGCCCCGGCACCUCCAGUAUAUGAGGCGGUUUCGGAGACCAUGCAGUCUGCCACGGGGAUUCAGUACUCGGUAACUCCCAGCUACCAGGUGUCGGCCGUGCCGCAGAGCUCGGGCAGCCAUGGGCCAGCCAUCGCAGCCGUCCACAGCGGCCACCACCACACCGCGCCGGUGCAGCCUCACGGGAGCCAGGUGGUGCAGAGCCACACUCAUCCCACCCCACCAGCCGUGCCCGUGCAGGGACAGCAGCAGUUCCAGAGGCUCAAGGUGGAGGAUGCGUUGUCUUAUCUUGACCAGGUGAAGCUGCAAUUUGGUAGCCAGCCGCAGGUCUACAAUGACUUCUUGGAUAUUAUGAAGGAAUUUAAAUCUCAAAGUAUUGACACUCCAGGAGUGAUCAGCCGCGUAUCGCAGCUCUUCAAGGGCCACCCAGACUUGAUCAUGGGUUUCAACACCUUCUUGCCGCCUGGUUACAAGAUUGAGGUGCAGACGAAUGAUAUGGUGAAUGUGACAACACCAGGGCAAGUUCACCAGAUCCCCACUCAUGGCUUGCAGCCCCAGCCCCAGCCCCAGCCGCAGCAUCAGUCACAGCCUUCAGCGCAAUCAACCCCAACACCAGCACAGCCAGCGCCGCAGCCGCCACCUGCCAAAAUCAGUAAGCCAUCACAGUUGCAGGCACAUACUCCUGCCAGCCAGCAAACUCCCCCGAUUCCACCAUACGCAUCACCACGCUCGCCACCAGUCCAACCUCAUACGCCAGUGACAAUCUCUCUGGGAACCACACCAUCCCUGCAGAACAAUCAGCCCGUUGAGUUUAAUCAUGCCAUCAACUAUGUCAACAAGAUCAAAAAUCGGUUCCAGGGACAGCCAGACAUCUACAAAGCCUUCCUGGAGAUCCUCCAUACAUAUCAGAAAGAGCAGCGUAAUGCCAAGGAGGCAGGAGGUAACUACACGCCGGCUUUGACGGAGCAGGAGGUGUAUGCGCAGGUGGCUCGCCUCUUCAAGAACCAGGAGGAUCUGCUCUCGGAGUUCGGGCAGUUCCUGCCUGAUGCCAACAGCUCUGUGCUGUUAAGUAAGACAACUGCAGAGAAAGUGGAAUCGGUAAGAAAUGAUCACGGUGGCACGGUGAAGAAGCCACAGCUCAACAACAAACAGCAAAGACCCAACCAGAAUGGCUGUCAGAUCCGACGGCACUCGGGAACUGGAGCAACCCCUCCGGUGAAGAAGAAACCGAAGCUGCUUGGUUUAAAAGACCAGUCUUUGGCAGAAGCCAGCAAACAUGGUGUGGGGACAGAAUCUCUCUUCUUUGAGAAGGUCCGCAAAGCUCUGCGUAGCACAGAAGCAUAUGAAAACUUCCUUCGCUGCCUGGUUAUUUUCAACCAGGAGGUGAUCUCCCGGGCUGAGCUCGUGCAGCUCGUUUCUCCAUUCCUGGGGAAAUUCCCAGAAUUGUUCACUUGGUUUAAAAACUUUCUGGGGUAUAAAGAGUCUGUUCACAUGGAGACGUAUCCGAAGGAACGGGCUACCGAGGGGAUUGCCAUGGAGAUAGACUAUGCCUCCUGUAAAAGACUGGGCUCCAGCUACCGAGCCUUACCCAAGAGCUACCAGCAACCCAAGUGCACGGGGCGGACUCCACUGUGUAAAGAGGUUUUGAAUGACACCUGGGUCUCCUUCCCGUCCUGGUCUGAAGACUCCACAUUCGUGAGCUCCAAGAAGACGCAAUACGAAGAGCACAUCUACAGGUGCGAGGAUGAGCGUUUUGAGCUGGAUGUUGUCUUGGAGACCAACCUGGCAACGAUCCGCGUCCUUGAGGCAAUCCAAAAGAAACUCUCGCGCUUGUCUGCCGAGGAGCAGGCCAAAUUCCGCCUGGACAACACUCUGGGUGGCACUUCAGAGGUGAUCCACCGCAAGGCUCUCCAGAGGAUAUAUGCUGACAAAGCAGCUGACAUCAUUGAUGGACUUCGGAAGAACCCAUCCGUGGCUGUUCCCAUUGUACUGAAAAGGUUGAAGAUGAAAGAGGAGGAGUGGCGAGAAGCCCAGAGAGGAUUUAAUAAAGUCUGGCGAGAGCAGAAUGAGAAGUAUUACCUGAAAUCCUUGGACCACCAGGGCAUCAACUUCAAGCAGAAUGAUACCAAGGUCCUGAGGUCAAAGAGUCUCCUCAAUGAGAUUGAAAGCAUCUAUGAUGAGAGGCAAGAGCAGGCUUCAGAAGACAAUGCUGGAGUCCCCACGGGCCCACACCUAUCACUAGCCUAUGAAGACAAGCAGAUCCUGGAAGAUGCUGCCUCUCUCAUCAUCCACCAUGUGAAGCGGCAGACGGGAAUCCAGAAAGAGGACAAGUACAAAAUCAAGCAGAUCAUGUAUCACUUCAUUCCAGACCUGCUGUUUGCUCAGCGAGGUGAACUCUCGGAUGUGGAAGAGGAGGAAGAAGAGGAAAUGGAUGUGGACGAAGCUACUGGGGCCGCAAAAAAGCACAACGGUGUUGGGGGCAGUCCUCCCAAAACCAAGCUGAUGUUCAACAACACAACGGCCCAGAAGCUGCGGGGCAUGGAUGAGGUCUACAAUCUCUUCUACGUGAACAGCAACUGGUACAUAUUCAUGCGGCUGCAUCAGAUCCUGUGCUUGCGGCUGCUGAGGAUCUGCACCCAGGCUGAGCGGCAGAUCGAAGAGGAGACGCGGGAAAGGGAGUGGGAGAGGGAAGUGCUGGGCAUAAAGCGAGACAAGAGCGACAGUCCUGCCAUCCAGCUGCGACUGAAGGAGCCUAUGGACAUCGAUGUUGAGGAUUAUUACCCAGCCUUCCUGGACAUGGUGCGCAAUCUCCUGGAUGGGAACAUGGACUCGUCGCAGUAUGAGGACUCCUUGCGUGAAAUGUUCACCAUUCACGCCUACAUCGCCUUUACAAUGGACAAGCUGAUCCAGAGCAUUGUUCGACAGCUCCAGCACAUAGUGAGCGAUGAGAUCUGCGUGCAGGUAACAGACCUCUACCUGUCAGAGAACAACAACGGAGCAACAGGAGGUCUUCUCGCUUCCCAGUCUUCUCGUACUCUUCUGGAGGCCGCGUACCAGCGCAAAGCUGAGCAGCUCAUGUCAGAGGAGAACUGUUUCAAGCUGAUGUUCAUUCAGAGCAGAGGUCAAGUUCAGUUAACUAUUGAACUGCUGGACACAGAAGAGGAGAACUCUGAUGACCCUGUAGAAGCAGAGCGCUGGUCAGACUACGUGGAGCGGUACGUCAACUCCGAUUCUACCUCCCCUGAGCUCCGGGAGCACCUGGCCCAGAAACCGGUUUUCCUGCCGAGGAAUCUGAGGCGGAUCCGUAAGUGUCAGCGUGGUCGGGAGCAGCAGGAGAAGGAAGGGAAGGAGGGAAACAGUAAGAAGUCCAUGGAGAACGUGGAGAGCUUGGACAAGCUGGAGUGUAAAUUCAAACUGAACUCCUAUAAGAUGGUGUACGUGAUCAAAUCGGAGGAUUACAUGUACAGGAGGACCGCUCUGCUGCGAGCUCAGCAGUCCCAUGAAAGAGUGAGCAAGCGGCUGCACCAGCGGUUCCAGGCCUGGGUGGACAAAUGGACCAAGGAGCACGUGCCCCGCGAAAUGGCAGCCGAGACAAACAAGUGGCUAAUGGGCGAAGGGUUGGAGGGCUUGGUGCCCUGCACCACCACCUGUGACACAGAGACCCUGCACUUUGUGAGCAUUAACAAGUACCGCGUCAAAUACGGCACGAUAUUCAAGACACCGUAAAACUCCCCCGGGGCGAGGGAAGAGCCCGGGAAGAUGUGUGUGUGUGUGCGCGCAUCCAGGAAAGGAGGAAGAUGCCUUUCUCCCCUCACUGUGUAUCUCCGUAACAUGGCCACUUGACUAGUGCGUGGCUGGUACAACCUGUCACCAGCGGGAUUCCCUGUAGGGACGCGGAUCUCUGCCAGCGCCCGCUGGGACCGCGGGCCGCCGGCCCCUUUGACUUCGGCACGCGUCCCCGGAGGGCGGGAAGGACCCUUCUCUGAACUGAGCCAUCCCAGAGAAACACAACGAGCUCGAACACACCAGCAGUGUUGAGGCUUUGACUCCCCGGAGGCCCUGAGCGGCGAGGGAAGAGAACUGGAGGCUCUCCACGACCGGACCGCUCGGAUGUGUCCCGAAAUCCCCAGGUGCCUGUCGCGACCGGAUUCUUCUCCCUUUACGCUGUCGCCAGCUGGCCGGGCUCCUGCGCGGGGCCGUGGGGCGGCCCGACACCACCUCAUGGAGCGGACCCUGGGCUCCUCUCGCCUCCCUCUCCUCCCUCCCAGGCUGGACUCACCCCGUGCAGAUCGGUCUGUCCUUUCUAGUGCCAGUGGAACUGUUUUGGUUUUUUUUUUUUUGUUUUGUUUUGUUUUGGUUUUUUUGUACCUGCUUGUUUACUAGUCUCUCCUAGUGCCAUGCACCAGCUUUUCAACACACAUGUACGUACACACACACAACAGAGAACAACACGAUUUUAACAUGUUCCCCUCCUUUUUUGUAAAUAAAUGUACAAAUUGUCAAUUUUUUGGGGCUUUUUUUUGUUUGGUUUUUUGUUUGGUUUUUUUUUUUUUUUUUAUUAAAGGAAGUAUGCUUGAUGUGCUAGCAUAACUGUACUAGCUUCUUGUGUACCAUAGUACCAGGCGGCUUGAGAAUUAGUACCAACAGACAGACCGACGGAGACAUUUAUUACACUUUUUACCAAAGGGAGUUAUCAUUGUAGUGCUUUUGUGUGGAAACUUUUUUCUCCUUUUUUUGUAAAUAAAAAUAAUGUCUUUGUUCUUAA